AUGAGCUUCUCCGGUGCCGCACCUCCACCUUCUGGUGUUGAGCCGAAUAUGGAAAACCCGGCCGAUGUGCUCUGGACGAUUAAUUAUCUCACCCAAGUUCUCACGCUUGUUUUCACAACGGUGUUUGUUGCAACGCGGUUUUAUGCAAAGUAUAAAGUUAUGGGGGGAGGCAUAUCUCGAGACGAUGCCUGUACUGACCGACACGACUUAGUUGCCACAUAUGUUUCUUUUGUUUUGAUGGUUGGGUACUGUGUCACUGCUCUUAUAGGUGGACAAUAUGGCAUGGGUCACAACCAGUGGGAAGUCAGUCCAAAAGAUCUAACAUCUUUCUUGAAGUGCGGAUAUGCAGCUACCAUCUUCUACGCCCCAAUGGCUCUGGGCGUCAAGCUCUCCCUCCUUUUCAUAACCAUUCGCGUCUUCGGUACUGUUCACAGAAAGACCACGAUCGGCAUAUACAUCUUCAUCGCCAUGCUAGUUGCAUACUACGUGUCCGGCUUGUUCAUCAAGAUCUUUAUCUGCAGGCCCAUCAGUUCGUACUGGAUGGGAGAUAUGGAGAACUGUCUUGACCAGAACGCCAUCAUUACCGCUGACGCUAUCAUCAGUGUGGUCAGCGAUCUGGCAAUUCUAUUUCUACCCACACCACUUACUUGGUCACUACAGCUUUCCAUGAGGAAGAGGCUCCGUGUCAUUGGAAUUCUAUGUGCAGGAGGUGUUGCUACGGGGUUUAGUAUCUAUCGAUUGGCAAUGAUUCUCAACGCUCGAGACUCUACCAAUCAGACUCUUGUCUUUACCAAAGUCAUUCUUUCCGGUAACGCGGAAGCUGGCAUCGGUCUAAUAUGUGCUUGUCUCCCUUCAAUAAGCGCCCUUCUUGUUCGACGCAACGGUUAUGCUUCUCGUGGAUAUCAGAGUUCAGGACCGGCCGAUAUUAGCAGACACGGCGAGAUUAUGUUAACAAGAUCAUAUCAGGUUGAAACGAGCAAGAAGGAACAACAGGAUCCGUUCCACCUUGGAAACGAUGAAGCUGGUUUGAUUGCGAGUAUACAAGCAAACUCUAAGAGCAACUGUUCGAGCCGGGCGAGGACUCCAGAGUCGGCAUGA